AUGACAAACAACAAUUCUUUGGCUCAGAAUGAUUUUAUUUCCUAUUUUUUUACAAACUCAACUGUCAUACCCACCACAGCUGCUGUCACUACACACAAUCUACCACCAUUAAUACAUCCAUCUUCCACUCCUUUAACUAUUGCUGCUGCUAACAAUAAUAUAAAAUCAACUGAUCAAUCAACUGUAUCUGCCAGAUUUCGUGUUAAAAAGAAAUUACGUGAACAGAUUGAAAAAGAUGCUAGGUUGUUGGAUGUUAAACCUGCUGAUAAAAAAACAAAAUUAGAUCAAAAUCAUGAUAAAGAUUAUAAAAAUUUAAAAGUACUAAAUGAUCAAAAAUAA